AUGUUCUGGCCGUGGGAUUUCUUGCCAUCGAGCGCGAUCAAGCGCGCGUUCAGGUCCCUCUUGCAGAAGAACCUGGGGGACGUAAUUUUGGGCGACAUCGACUUCGACCAGCUCGAUGUUCGGCUCGCCACCGGCACCAUCUGCCUUUCCGAUCUCGCCCUCGAUGUCGAUUUCCUCAACCAGAAGAUUGUCGGUGCACCAGUUAUGGUAAAAGAGGGAUCAAUAAAAUCUUUAUCCAUUAAAAUCCCCUGGAAGCUAACACAGAAUAUUGAGAUAGAGCUUGAUGAACUUGAGCUUGUGUUUGGACAAUCUAGUGGGAGCAACAUCACCCUCCCUGAUUGUUCCCCAUCAGGUUAUGAUGUUGAGCAACAUAGCACCAAUGUGGAGAAACUUAAACUGGGAAAUCUGGAAAAUUGUUACAGUUAUGGUUAUGUUCAUGAAGGAGUUAAGGCAAUUGCUGACACUGUAAAAAAGUGUCUCACAAGGUUUCAUGGUAGAAUAAACAGUGUCACAGUCGGAUUUGAUCUCCAGUCAGCAUUUGAUGAACUUUUGGUUCUACGAAUAAAAGAAAUUGAUUUUGAAACUUAUGUUUCUGAGGAUUCCAUGUCAAAAGUAGUGAGUUAUCUAAAAUUUCAAGAAGCUAAUGUUGAGUUUCUUCAGAUGAACUAUAUUGAUGAGAGCACUGAGCCUCAUAAGCACAGAGGGAGAAGCUUUAAUAAGAGGGUUUUGCAGAAUGGUGCCAUUCCAAUUCUGACUGGACCAAAUGGUGGAUUCUCAGGGACAAUAAAGUUAAGCAUACCAUGUGAAAAUGGAUCCUUAGAUAUACACAAAGUUAAUGCUGACGUAUCCAUAGACUCUGUGGAAUUAAGGGUACAACCCAACAUUAUUGAGUGGGCCACGUCCGCAUGGCAAUCUCUAAAUAUUGGAGCAUCUCAUUGUCAAGAAAACCAAAGUGAAGUGAACUCAGAUUACAAUGGAAGCGUCGACCAAUUUGAUGAAUGUUCUAAUGGAAUGAGGAGCUCCCAGGCAUACUCAGAACGUGUGGAUACAACCUUACAAGCUGCACUUGGUAAUGUCUCUGUUAUCCUUUUCCUCAACAACGAUGAUCAAAAACUCCCACGAGGUCCCAACAAUUUUUUUGACCCACUAGUUAGUGAGCUAAACUCUGAGUCUUAUAUGACCUGCCUAUCGUCAAGUGAUGUUUUCAGUGCAACUGAAGUUAAUCACCAUAAUAAGAAGAUGCACCACCUCGAAUCUAAGUGUCAGGAUAUAAUUUUUAAUCUGAAGACUUGCUCUCAAGAUGCAAAAUUCAGUGCAUCAGUCAAGCAUAUCAACCUGGAUGCAUACUAUGAUACUCAGAAAUAUGCUGUGGGGUUUUCCUCAGAUGAUUGCAAGAACAUUUCCAGUGAGCAAAUAUUUUUAAGUCACUAUUUGCAGGAAAAGGUCCACGGUUCUCUCCCAACAUUUCCUUUUCAAAUACAAUAUCAUGGUUUAGAAUCAGCUCUAGAGGAUAAUACUCUGAAUGGUCUGACCCAUGUUAGAUUGUUGGAAUCAUUUGGUGAAUGCAGCUGUACUUUUAGUGUCAACUCCAAUGAUCAGAAGGAUCCUGUGACUGAUAGUUGUAUGGCAGAUAGAGUUUGGAGUUUGGCCUCAUCACAUGAAAGAAAUAGAAAUAAAGUUAUUGGAGAAGGAUUUAAUUUCUCCUCCAUAUCUCAUAUGGAGGACCUUGAGAAAUCAAAUUUUAAGAUCCGCCAAGAAUUGAUCCUUAAUUCUGCAUUAUGUUUACAUAUUAAGUUGUGCUCUCUUUGGAUCAAUCUUGAUGAUCAUGAUUAUAAGAUUUUAUAUUGUUUGCUAAACAAUGUCACUGAUGGAUGUUCAAAGGCAGCCAACGGGAUGGAUUCUAGUAUUGACAAUGAUAUCAACAAUGAACAGAUGUCCCUGAGUUCCUAUAAUGCAUCUCAAAUCUCGAUUCUUCUGGACUGUGAUACCAUCAAUGCCUGUAUCAGGUUCAAUGAACUGGUGGAGGUUGCUCAGCCAUUACAAAAGGAACUACAGGGAUCAUGGGUUUGUUUUAAACUAAAACUUAAUAAGUUUGAGUCGUUAUCUGUCCUUAGUAUUGAUGGAAUAACAAAUGGAAAAUUUUUAUGGCUCAACCACGGCGAAGGUGAUCUGUGGGGUUCCAAAAUUAAUAGGGACAGAGAUGAAUCAGAAUUACUUCUGAUAACAUGUAGGAGUUCAGCAAUGAGUCGGGGAAAUGGUGAAGGUUCUAAUGUAUUUUUUGGCCCUGCUGGUACUGCUGUCACACACACGUGGAAUCCAGAGUCCCAGCAAAGUUAUACUUCUGUGAUUGCUCGUUGUUGGACAGUAAUUGCACCUAGUGCUCAAUUGGAUUGGAUUAAUACCCUAUAUUUGUAUUUUAGUUCUUCUCUUAGAGAGAAAGAAAGCUUGGUGAAUGAUGGAACGGCGAGUAAAGAGUCAUUUUUUCUGGAUUUGAUGGAUGUUGGUUUAAGUUAUGAGCCUCAGAAUAAACAAUCUCCAGUCAGCAGUGAAGAUUGGGAUUUUGUCAAUUUUUGUGAUGUUGAACCCGACAACGAACCAGACAAAAUGUACACUGCAUGCCUUUUGGCUGCAUCAUCAUUGAGCCUUUCCACUCAUUUUAGGUCAGACUCAGCCAUGGAUUACCAUUUUCAUACAAGGGAUGUAGGCCUUCUUAUUUCUGAAUCAAUUGGCUUCAUGCAUGACAUUGAUGGCUAUUCUGUAGCUUAUCUUCAAAAAUAUGGGUAUACUAAGAUUGGUCAGGUUUCACUUCUGCAAUUUAUUUUGAGAAUUAGAGGGCUGUACUGGGAAAUCGAAUGUGCAGAGUCACAUAUUGAUUUAGAAUCUUGUUGUGACACAACUUAUGGUCUUAUCCAAUUAAUCGCUCAGCUUCAGCAGCUCUAUGCACCUGAUGUCGAAGAUGUUUUGAUGCAUUCAGAGUCUAGUUGGAAUACAAUUCAACAGGCAGGAAAGGAACAGAAUUCAGGUUAUAUGGCAGACAUAAGUUCAAGCAAUUCUAUAAUAUCAGGUAGUGGGUCGUCAACUGUUAAUGAAGAUUGCCAAGCUUCUGGUCUCUUGGAUGACAUAGUUGAGAAUGCUUUUAAAUGCCAUGCCAUGUCUGAUUAUUGUAACAUACAAUCUCAUAACUUACUUGAACAGUACAAGUUGGGGAACAUAUCAAAAUCUAAAGUGAAUGUUAGAGAUUCUGAUUCAUCUUACAUCUCAGAAAUGGGGAAUUUAUUAAACCAAUCUGUAAAUAAAACAUGGAUAGAUGAUGGUCUGAUGAUAAUUGAAGACUACUUUUCAAUAAAUCUGCCUGAAGGCAAAUUUCUACCUGACAAUACUUAUGCUGCUGAUUGCCCUGCAAAGGGGAGAAUACUUCUUAGAAACAUGGAUGCAAAGUGGCGCAUGUAUGAUGGACAUGACUGGAUUAAAUCAAAUGGAGUUUCUAUGUGUAGUGUUAUUUCAAAUGGAAGAGAUAGGAAUGUAUGCCUGGAGCUUAGUUUGUCUGGGUUGCAUCUUCAAUAUGACAUGUAUCCUGAAGGGAAGACCAAUGCAUCAACACUUUCUCUUUCAGUUCAGGAUUUUUAUCUUUUUGACACCAGCAGGGAUGCUCCUUGGAAGAUGGGAAAUGCUGGUAUGCCACCAUGGUUAUACCUUGAGCUUCUGCCACUCCGAUUGCAUCUUGAUCAAGCACACAUUAAUUUUCUCAUGAGUUUCUUUAACCAAGGUCCAUUUGAUGAUUUCUCUCCUGGUUCAUCUAAUGUUUUGGAUGAGUCUGAUAUGUCAAAGAUAGUAGAGGCACUAUCUGCAUUCAUUCAGAAGUGUGAGGUGAGGCCUGUGGUCAUACAUGUUGAUUAUACUCCUCGGCAUUUUAAUCCAGCUGCACUUGGAAGAGGAAACUAUGUCGAACUUCUGAAUUUAGUCCCAUGGAAGGGAGUUGAGUUGCAGCUUAAACAUGUCUGUGCUACUGGAGUUCAUGGAUGGAGCAAUGUUUGUGAAACUGUUCUUGGGAUAUGGUUGGAAGACGUUGCUCACAGUCAGGUUCCUAAUAUAUUGAAAGGGCUUACACCAGCAAAUUCAUUAUUUUCUGUUUGUUCCGGCUUUUCUAAGUUGGUUAUGUUGCCGGUAAAAAGCUAUAAGAAUGAUUGCAAGUUGCUGAAAGGAAUGAAGAGAGGAGCAUUUGCUUUUGUAAAGAGCAUAUCAAUUGAAGCUGCUAGACUGGGGGUGCAUCUGGCAGCUGGAACCAAUGAUAUCUUGCUGCAAGCUGAAGACAUCCUUAAAAGUGCUCCAAAGUCUGAGACAGAGAGAAAAAAAGCAAAUGUAAGAUAUAAUCAGCCUGAAAAUGUACAUGAAGGUAUCCAACAGGCAUAUGAGAGUUUAAGUGAUGGCUUUGGUCGGACGAUAUCUGCUUUAGUUGGGACUCCUCUAAAAGAUUUUCAGCAUGGUGCUGGCACAGGAUCAGCUCUCGCAACUGCUGUUCAUGCAGUUCCUGCUGCUGCUAUAUAUCCUUUGUCUUAUUCUGCUCGUGCUGUCUACUCUACAUUACUUGGAUUGAGAAAUAGCAUGGAUCCUGAUCACAAAAGGCAAUCGAUGGAGAAAUAUAGAGGGCCCUCCCCAAUCACGAGAUCGCCAAAUUAAUUCUCUUGGCAGCUAUUUAUAUUGGCAUCUGUGUAUGUAAUGUAUUGUACAUGAUAAGCUCUGUUCAGUGUAUUACGUAAA